AAUUAUGGCAUGAUAGAGGAGGACCUUUAUAGAUCAGGUCAACCGAAUGAACUUAAUUUUCCUUUUUUGGAAAAAUUAGGUUUAAAAACUGUUGUUUGGUUAGCUCCUGAAGAACCGAACCAAAGAUUUUUAAAUUUCAUCGAUGAUCAAGACAUAAAAUGGCAACAUCUUGGUGUAAUGUCUUCAGUAAAUGCUUUGGAUCCAAUUACUGAGGAAGUUGUAUUAGCAGCGUUAGAAAUAAUUUUAAAUCCUCGUAAUCAUCCAAUGACUGUAAUGUGUAACUUAGGAAGGCAUAGAACAGGUACGAUAGUAGGAUGUCUUCGUAAACUUCAAAAAUGGAAUUUAACAUCAAUUUUUGAAGAAUAUCGUCGAUAUGCUGGUCCAAAAGUUAGGGUAUUAAAUGAACAGUUUAUCGAAUUAUUUGAUACAGAUCUAGUGAGAGUUCCCGUUAAUAGACCAAAAUGGUUAUAAAAAUAAAUGUAACUCUAUUUUUAAUAUUGAAAGUAUUGAAAGAUAUCUUUCGCAAUUUUGUAUUUUUACCAUGAACAUUUAAAAUAAACACAGGAAUAUAUAUAUAUAUAUAUAUUAU